AUGGGCUCCCCCUCCUCGACCUCGACCUCGCUCGCAGGAAGCUGCAGUUCGCUGCCGACCCUCCACGAAUCGACGACGCUCCCUCCUCGAGAACGGAUGGACGUCGUCGCUUAUUACGCCGAGCUGUUGGCGAGCGAUGAUGUGAGCGCACACUUUGGCGAUCAUCACCGGGCGCGCCCAAGAUCUCGCGAAAAGCUGACUCGCUUCCCCCUAUCCUGCCCCCCCCCCCCCCUCCCCUAUCCUGGCCCCCCUAUCCUGGCCCCCCAGUCCCUAAGCAUGCCCAUAGCAGCGAUCGAAACCCUAGCCCAACUCAUCUCCCGAUCCGACUCUUCGACGACCACGACCGAGCUCUUCUCCCUCUUGGACCAAGCCUCGACCCGUUUAGCUCGAGCGAGUUUCAACCCCAUCUCCUUGACCUGCGGAACGUCCUUGUUCGUAAGUGCGCAAACCGUUUCACUCGAAUUCCAAUCGCCCCCAUCUCAUCUCAUCACUAAACCCACCUCCUUCCCCCGGGUCCCAGCUGCGCUUCCUCACCCUCCAACGACCCUCCCCCGAUACGUCCUUCCAACAAUUCAAAGCCGAACUCGUCGCCCGCGCCCGCGAAUUCGUCCACGAAUCGGGGCGGUGUCGUCAGUUGAUUUCGGGCGGUAUGAAUGAGUUUGUUCGAGAUGGCGCGGUGAGUUUGAUUCCGGAAUGAAGAUGAAGAUGGGGGGUAGCCACAUGGGGAGUGGGCUACUGAUUGAUCAUAUCGCGGGGGGGGGGGGGGUUACGGGUCGCGCAGAAUAUUCUCAUUCACAGCUACAGUGUAAGCUUUGAUCGCGCACCAGCUGUACGACUUUUCAAGAGGGAGCCUGUACCCAAUCUCUAAGCGUCUAAUAUCAUUACAGCGAGUCGUCGUCCAAGCCCUGCUCCACGCCGCGCAGCAACAAAAAAAGUGCUUCCAAGUCUACGUCACCGAGUCGAGGCCCGUAGGUCCCGAAUCCCCCCCUUCUUCCAACACUCCCAUCCUCACACCACUAACACCCCCCAUCCUUGCUCACCUUGCCCUAAAAAAGUUCGGCCUCGGAUUGAAAACCCAAGCGAUCCUCGAGCGAGCCGGAAUCCCCUGUAUCGUCGUGCUCGAUUCGAGCGUGGCGUACAUCAUGCCCAAGUGCGAUUUGGUCAUCGUAGGCGCCGAGGCGGUGUAAGUGCCCCCCCCCCCCCCCCCCGUUUUGUUUUGCAGUGGUGUGUGGGAAGAGCGUACAGAAGUUUCAGCAACUGAUGCUUUCUUCUUUUUUUUUUUUUUGGUUGGGGUGGGGGUGGGGUGCGCCAGUUGCGAGAGUGGCGGAUUGGUCAAUUUCGUACGUCGGAGGAGGAGCAGAAGGAGGAGGGGAAACGCUCGAUGACUCCUAUCCCAUCUCCAUCAACAAAGUACCUCCGCUCUGACCUCAUCCGAAAAAAUACUUCUUCCCCCUACAGAUCGGGGGCUACCAAGUCGCCGUCGUCGCCAAAGCCAUGGGAAAGCCUCUGUACGGUAAGUCACGUCACACACUCAAAAACUCAUCUCAUGUCCCACGAUUCUACCUAUCCAUCAUCGAAACCUUCGCCACGAACGACACUCGGUCCCCUUCGUACAACACACCUUCUCCUUCUAAUUUGCCUUCCGACGUUCCGGCGUCCUCGGUAUACGGGAGGUUGUGAAGAGGGGCGCUAUGAUAGAGGGGGCCUGAUGCAACGGGUGCGUGUUUGGUGAUAGGAUCGUGUGACUGACUCCUGAAAACUCCUUAUCGAUGAUUCCCCUCUCGCGCACCCGACUUUCGACCCCUUUUUUUCGCUGUUCGAAACCAACCCGAUCCCGAUUUCGAAACCCCCACAGCCCUCGCCGAAUCGUUCAAAUUCACUCGGCUAUUGUAAGCCUCCUCGUUCAUUAUGUUACGUUUUUUCUCCCCCAACCCAUCUGAACCCCCCGCCCGCGCCCUCCCUCCCCCACAGCCCCUUGUCGCAAUACGACCUCCCAACAAGUUUACCGAACCCACCGCUCACGUUCCCCAACCUCACGACCACCUCCCCAUCCAUACCGCACGCACGUGAAUCCACCACCACCACCACCACAACAACAACAACAACAACAGCCUCGGACUCCACACUCGACCCCUCCUCCCCCUCCUCCGAGAAACGCCGCACCCGCACCUCCGAAGCUACAAGUUGCUCGACCGCGCUCCCUCCGACCCCUUCACGACCGAUGAUGGACAGCGCGAUGCCCCAAGCCCUAGAAAUGACGGACCAGAUGGUGAGGAACAACCCUACGUUGGAUUAUACGACUCCGGAUUUGGUACGUUCCCUUCCUUUUUUCAACUUUUGAGAUCCCAAGCGGUGUUUUUUUGACCUCGAUUGACGCGCUAUCGGACCUCGACCUUUUAGAUCACGUUGAUCAUCUCGGAUUUGGGCUGCUUGACGCCUUCGGUAAGCUUUGAUCAUUCAUUCAUUCAUUCUUUUUUUUUUUUUUUUGUAAGUUCGACUCGUGUGGAUCGAUGAUUGACGAAUACCCCCCCUCUUUUGAUGUUGUAAAAGGGCGUCUCGGACGCUUUAUUGUCGAUCUUUGGAGGGACGUAA